AUGCCUGACAAUGAGAACUGUGUGGAGUGGACCAUCGAAGGAGGCUGGAUGCUACUGGAACAGCGAGUGGAGCACCUGACAUCAGUGGGAAGAACACCCCAUGGUGAUUGUUCUGUCUACUUUUGUAUCCCCAGGGCCAUCUCCUCCAUCCUGGGCACCUGGCUGGAUCACUACCCCGAGGACUUUUUCCAGCCUCCAGACUUCACCAGCUUGAAGCUGCUGUGGACGUAUGUAGGGGUCCACAUGCUGGGCUCUGACCUGCAGCGCCGCGCCCGCCUUCUCUACUCAUGGUGGAAACACCCUUUGGCAGCAGCUCUAGAGCCACAUCCACACGUCCCUCGGGAGCGAGCCCCCGCUAUCCCUGUGGUGCCCACUGCAGCCUCGCAGCCCAGGCUGCCUGAAGCCACCAGUUCUCCUGGAGCUCAGCGCGUACGAGAAUCGGAGACCCUCACUACAGCGUCCCCACCAGGGCAGGAGGUACUCCCAGCUCUGGCUGACAGACAGGAGCUGGAAGAGCCACCUGCCCCUUUGGUGGCCCCAGAGCAUGAGCAGCCCUCAGCCCCAGCCGGCGGGGUCACGGAAGGGCUGGAGCAACCACCUGCUGCAGCUGAGCAACCAGCCUCAGCUCCCCAACAGCGGCUCAUGUCGGCCGCAGCCCCAAAGGAUGAAUUCCCUGACCUUGUCAUGGCGUUCGUUGUCAUUUUAGUAGUGGGUAUAGAGGUAUUUAGUGUCCUUAUGUACUACUGGUUUAUACUUAAAACAUAAAUUAAGUUCCAAAAAAUUUACUCUCAUCCUUUGAAAUUACAACUUCAAGUGUCAGUACGUACAUUCACAGGAUUUUAUACCCGUGACCACUAUGUACUCCUAGAACAUUUCCAUCACAGAGACAUGUGGACUACUAAUCACCCACGGCUCAUUCCCUCACCCCAGUCUCUGCAACCAGCGAUCUCGGUUUCUGCUGCUUUAGCUCCUCUGGGAUUUCCAUGUGUGUGCAAACACACAAAAUGGCCUGUUGUGUCUGGCUACAUGACAGGAGACUGAUUAAUAAUUGCUUAAAUAUUCAAUGACACUAAUAUUUUUUAUGACAGAAGAAUAGUCCUCAAAGAACAAAGAUUAGGUGAAGCCCCCACUUGAAAUAUCUUCAUUAUCUGGCAUGGGGACCCUCUGAGGUUUGACACAAGAGCAGAAGCCAGAAGAGAAAUGUCUGGACCAGAGCGAAUACCUGGAAAAUCUUUCAUUUUCCUGGACAGGCCAUGGUGAUAUUGGUCUCAUGUGCAUAUUAUAAAAAUACCCAAAUGAAACUGUCAAUAUGCCAUUUAUGCUAAUCUAUUAGGCAAUAAAGUAUAAAGUUCUGAAAGGUUUCCUACAGGUGACAUGUAUUCAGUAAAAGGAAGAUUUAAAUAAUGAGGACAGGCACCAAGGUGGCUCA